AUGGGCCGCUUGAGUCGCAUGAACGGAUUCACCCCGGGCCUAAUGACUAACUCGACGGCAAGCAGUGCUCAGAGUUUUGGCCAGCAAAAUAAGAAUCGUUCGCGUCCGGAGGGUGCACCAGUCGGUGGCGCCUUCGCCAAUUCCGCUGCCAACUCAGCUGCGCUCCCUUGUAUCUCAAAUCGUUACGGUGGAUGCGAGGUGGACGAUCCCCUACCUUCGCAUGGCUGCGACUUGAGUGAUUUUGCUUCCAAUCCAUCAGUUCUCGUCGCCAACCCGCCAGCUACAACUGUUUCACAAUCGUCACAACUGUUGCCCACCGAUCGAGGAAACCCUGAAAAGAACCAGGUGGUUGUUGCUACCGGCAAAGCAGCUGGCAAUCGACCGGAAGAAAACUGUACAGUCAACAGGAUUCAGGUACCGCCAUUAACUUCACGAGUUCUCACUACCUUCCGAGAGGCGAGCGAUGAGGAGAAUGAUGAGGACAACAUUCCCGGAGCCCAGCGUAUUGGCCAGCAGGUCGGUCGGCGGGGUAUAAUGGUAGGAGAACCCUCUGCCACUUCUUCUAAGGUCAAGCUGUCGGCCGAGGUCCCGCUGCGCGAUCAACGUUCGCGUGCGCCCGUCAAUGGUAAUAAGACGCUGGCUGACACAAAGCCGUUCUCCUAUCCAAACCUUCUCGUCCCUCCAAGUGGUCUAAAAUCGCAACCAACACGGGCUAGUAGUAAGCCCAUCGUGCGUUCAGUUUCUCCCACAGAAUCUGUCGAAUCGGCCGCCAAACGGGGCUCCCAUGUCAAUACUUCAGCCGGACAGCAUAAGUCGGCUGCUCAGCACCAGCAAAAACAACUGCACCGAGUGGGCAGCGGUUCAACAGCCCCAUCUAAUGCGCCCCAUGCCAUGCCUGGUGGUAAUAAUAAUGCCAAGUGUUCUGUGAUGUGA